GAGUUAUAUUGCCAAAAUGGCGACUGUGAUUAAUUUGAGGUCUAGGAGUGAUCCUUUAUGGCACGUCUGAGCGGGAAUUACAGCGAAAGAUGCCGGAAUAUGCCUUAAAUUCAAAUUACAUUCGUUGGCCAUAUUUUAGGUAUGUGUUUAUACAUAGUGUAUUUAACAAUGUGGUGUACAAGCUGCCGAAUUCAAGUGCUGUGUUCCGGUUUAUCUUGAAACACAAAUUAGCUGAAGACUAAGAAUCAAGAUUGUUGAAACGGUGUUGUUCUUCGUUUCCAGUCAAAGCUGAUUCUGUUAAGUAUAGAAAGCAAACUGGAUAUUGCUUAUCGAGAUAUUGACGUAUUGGAAUUGGCACAUUUUGCAUGACUUAUUUAAAAACACACCGAUAUUUUGAUUCCACAAACCGAUAAUGCAUGUAUUGGCUAGGCAAGCCUGUGUAUUGGAACAAGAGUUGACAGAAAUACAGAUGGAGGUGUGAAGAAAAUCUGAUAUGGCGUUAUUUACUACAUUUUGUACCUGUCUUCUGGUGUGGCAGUUCGCAUAUGUUCUUGGUCAAGAUUUCUCCUUAAUGGAGCAAGUGUAUGGGAUAGUAGGGAGCAAUGUGUCAAUCCCUUGCCGAGUGAAUGCAUCAACGUUUGACCCCAAUAACACCCUGGUCACAUGGAAGAAGGACAACGUUUUCCUACUGUCGGCGAGCCAGAUCCCCGGGGAGGAGGAAAUGAAGCUCUCCUACCUUGAUGAAAGUCUGGCGGCCGGAAAUAAGUAUGAAGUGUUGACCACUUACGACCUGGUCGUAUCAAAUCUUGUCCUGGGCGACAGCGAUAGCUAUACUUGCACAGCCAUCGUCUUUACCGACGAAACACAGACUGCACAGAAAACCCGUGAAACCAAUGUUACCUCACUUCUUGUACAAGAUGUUCCCACCAUUCCCGGGCGUCCUGUGAUCACUGACUUGGAGUCACGGAGCACCACCGUCAGCUGGGGCCACAGUCACAAGGAAAACAACAGUCCCAUAUUCUCUUACGUUAUCCAAAUGAAAGUGGCCACUAUGGACUGGGCCAGUGCCCAGGAGAUGUCGACGGCCAUAUCUAUUGAGGAUCCCCCCACAUGUACCUUCAUUAACCUCCUCCCCUAUACCAUGUACCGCGCUCGCGUAACCGCUGUCAACUAUGUCGGUCGCAGCAAGCCCAGCCAGGAGAGUGAGAUCUUCUGGACCAAGUCUGAAGCCCCUAGUGCUGCCCCGAAGAUCCUGGAAGCAGUCAGUCACAACAGCUCACAGAUUUUCUUCAAGUGGCAGCCACCUCUCGCCUCCGAGAUCAAUGGAGAACUCACGGGCUACGUCAUACAGUACAAUGUAGAAGGCUCAAACAUCCUUCAGACCGUCACGGAGGAGAAUAAGGAUAAAACGAACCUGACGAUCAUCAAUCUGCUACCAUUCACAAACUAUUACAUCACCAUAAAGGCUCAGAACAGCUUUGGGACUGGACCAUUUGCUGAGACAAUGGUCCGCACAUCCGAGGGGCGGCCAUCUAAACCUAGAAUCAUUCACACACUCAAUGUGAUGUCUACCUCAUUCAACCUGAGCUGGGAGGCCCCUAAAGAGAUGCGUGGAAACUUGCUGGGCUACGAGUUAGAGUGGAGUCAUAACAACACUGUCAAGUCUAUGAUUAUCCACAACCUGGGGGACCGCAGCAGUACUCAACAUGAGGCGUAUAUAUCUAAUCUCGAGCCGUACUCCCAGUAUCGGGUACGAGUCCGGGCCUUCACAGGCGGAGGUAACGGGGAGUUCAGCGACUCUUACCCAGCUCUUACUGAUGUCACAGGUCCCGGCCAACCAUCCGGACUGAAUGCCUCAGUGACUGGCCCCAACAGUGUGUUCAUACAGUGGGAACAGCCCAAUAAGUUCUACCGCAUCAUCAACUACUACGCCAUCGAGUACAAGGACACAAGCUCCUUUUUCCACAAACCUCUCAUGGUAGAGGCACCCAUUCAGAAGUUGAACAUCACCAACUUGCCGAGUAACCGUGCAUACAAGGUGCGAGUGGCUGCCGUUACCAAGAGUAUCGUCAAGCAGCAGAAAUACAGUGGACAGUUCACUGACUGGGUGACCUUUGAACUUAUAGGAGAUAUUCAAAAUGAAACAGUCGAAGAUUAUAUCAAUAACACAACUAUCAAUACAGAUCCUGCUGCCAUGGAGGAGGCACAACAGGAAAUCAUGUCGGCGGGCAUCGUGGCUGGGAUUGUGUGCGGCCUUCUCUUUAUCUUUAUGGUCGUCUUUGUAUUCAUCGGCUGUAGGUCACUAACGUGCAGGAAGUACUACCAGGCCGCCUUUGACUACCUGGCUGUCCCUACCAAUAACAAUUCGCCACCGACAACUGUCAUCAAUAUACCGGAACCACUGGACGAGAUCAGUUACCAGCCAAUACCCGUGGGAGAUUUCCUUCAGCACGUCAGGUCUCUACAUGCUGAUAGUGAUGUCGGCUUCUCUCAGGAAUUCGCUGACAUUAACAAGCAGACCUGUGGUUGGACAAUACGUGCCGACGCCUCCAACCAACAUGAAAACAAGUCUAAGAAUAGAUACAUCAACAUCAUAGCCUUCGACCAUAGUCGAGUGAUGCUAAAACCCAUCAAUGGCCGGUUGAGGAGUUCAGACUAUAUCAACGCUAAUUAUGCAGAUGGGUACAAGAAACCCAAAGCGUACAUAGCCACCCAAGGCCCACUUCCCACGACCUUCGCCGACUUCUGGAGGAUGGUGUGGGAACAGAACUCUGUUGUCAUAGUAAUGAUCACCAAAUUGGUGGAGCGUGGUAAAAGGAAGUGUGACCAGUACUGGCCUGAUGAUGGUGUAGAACAUUACGGUCCCAUCCAGGUCAAACACCUCAAUACAUUCUCCAGGGCCCACUACACUGUCAGGAUGUUCUCACUCAAAAACACCAAACUUAAAAAGCAAUACUCAGAACGGAUAGUUUAUCAUUUCCAUUAUACUGAGUGGCCAGAUCACGGAGUGCCAGACUUCACACUUCCAGUGCUAAAGUUUGUACAGAAGUCGGCAUACAUCAACCCCCCGGGAGCAGGGCCCAUAGUGGUUCACUGUAGUGCUGGAGUGGGUAGGACUGGGACCUACAUCCUCAUAGACAGUAUGAUAGAGGAGAUGAAAGACAAGGGAACCAUUAAUGUAGCUGGAUUCCUCCUCCAUAUUCGGCGACAACGAAAGUUCCUCGUACAAACGGAGGAGCAGUAUAUGCUGAUACACGACGCCAUCGCCGAGUACAUCCUUAGUGACGACACCGAGAUCAAACACGGUGACUUGAAGGGGUAUAUAGACAAGAUAUCUCAGAUCCACGAUGGCGAGAAGGAAACUGCCCUGGAUAGGCAGUACAAGCUUGUUACGACCUACAAACCAAAGGACUCGGACAAGUUCCCAGCUGAUAAAAAUAUUAACCAGAACAAGAAUAGGAGCAAUGAUCUAGUGCCACUGACGGUCAAGCGAGUCCCUCUCCCAGCCAAACCAGGAGUGGACGGGUCAGAUUACAUUAAUGCUACAUACCUGCAGGGUUACAACAAGACGGAUGAGUUCAUUUUGACGCAGCACCCCCUGGAGAAUACAGUGGAGGACUUCUGGAGGAUGGUGUGGGAUCAAAACUCCUCUGUCGUCUUCCUUCUCUCACAGCUGGACGACAAGGAGCACAAGAGAUUCUGGCCAGAGAAGGAGACGCCCAUGGCCAUAGGUACCGGCCUGUUUAAGGUCGUGUUCCAGGAAGAGGAGGUGCUGGCCCGCUACACAGUCAGGGAGUUCCUCCUCGAGUCAACGCAGGAUGACUAUGUGUUAAUGACACGGAUCCUGACCUGUGACGGCUGGCCUCAGAAGGAGCAGCGCCUGUGGCAGGCCUUCGACAUGAUACAGACUGUCAAGGACCUCCACAAACAGAACGAUAUUGGACCAGUCAUAGUUGUGGAUAGCUAUGGUGGAGUGGAAGGUUGUGUGUUCUGUGCGCUGUGGUCACUCCAUGACCAGCAGACCCAUGACAAAGUAGUGGACGUGUAUCACCUGUGUAAACUGUUCCACCUCAAACGACCAGGAAUCGUAGGAACAAUGGAGGAUUACCUUUUCCUGUACAAAGCCAUGGAGAGUUAUAUCCAGGACUGUAGUGAAAAGGAAUCAAACAAUCUCUCGCAUCACAUACAUUUACGGAACUCUACUAAGAGAAACGGCACUAUGCCACGUAGUCCUACGUUAUCAAUUAAGGCGGAGACAAACGUGUGACACCAUGCCAAGUGAUGUCUAUGGUUCGCGUACAUGUGGAGUACGGCCCUGUUGUUAUGCUGUAGUGUCAUCGUAAUUGUCACUGGCUGUCCUUCCCCGCGUGCUUGUGUCUGUCGCGUAUCUGCACAGGUUGUCAUGGUCGAUGAAACGGUUUCAUCUACCUACCGGGACCAAGGCAGCUUACUUGGUCAAUGUAUCCUGUAUACUGACUACCUUGCAACUACCUAGGUUUAUGGAUGUAUGCCUGAAUCAUUCCACAGUGUGUAUACCCCGUAACUCAAGCUCAAGGACACUAACUGACCAGAGGAGCAUUGACCACAAGCUCUCCAAACUGACUGUGUCCUGAUGUGACCAGUAAUAUUUGUGCCAUAAGAUCGUGAGAAACUAACAGGGAAAGACUGCUACUGUGGUAGUUCUGCCCAAACCUUCCAGACCACAUUUCCCUUCCCAGGAGGAUGCAGGUCACUGUAGGACUGGUUACAAGCCGAAAUAAAAUGAGUCGAAACAGACCUCACAGGGUGGAAUACUUGAGCCCCCACAGCGCAGUGUAUGUGUGUCGAGGUCCUAUAAUUAACAUGGGUUGUGCAGCUAUUUAAGAGAUAGAGAUACCAAGCUGUGUUGUGAUGGAAUAUCCAUUUAAUAUAUUCUGCUACAAAAUUAAUUAUGACUUAACGCUUUAUGAAAGUAUCGUCCAUAUUUGCCAAGAGACAUGUAUUUCAUUGCCAUUUUUUACAUCCUUUUUUAUGUUUGUGGAUAAUCCAUGUAAUGGUGAACUUCUUUAUAUUUCACCUCCAUAUUAUGUAACCUGUGUAAAUUGGUGAUUAUGAUCAAAGAACACAUUAUGUGCUAUUUA